AUGGAUAGACCCCGCCGGGAUGAGUCGCCUUCCGGUCUAUCGGACAUUGUCGAGCAGGACGGUCUCUUAGGAACCGGCAUCACCGGCCGUCAAAUCGAGGCCUUUGGCCGAAAAGUCACUUCCACCGCAGGCCACUUGAUGGGACCGACCCCCGACGUGGCCAACCCCCCCGGUCACUACCACCAUGCCAUGGCCGACAUCCAGCGCGAGCUGCGCCGUCCCAACACCCAGCGUCGGGUCUUCUCCCUGACCCAGACCACCCCCACUGAUCUGGUCCGCUCCAAGCUAUCCACCUCCGAAAUUCAAUCCCGCGCCCUCUCCUCCCUGCCCGACGACCUCCUCGCCAACAUCCCCGAUGACUCCAGCUCCUACUCUCUCUUCGAGGGGUUCCAGGUCUCUCAGGAUGACUACGAGUUCCGCAAGGCCCACCGCCGACGCUCCUCCAAGAGCAAGAAACUCCUCGAAGGCGGCGACUCGCGCGCCGCCCUUCCCUCCGGCCCCGCCGAACUCAAGCAGGAACGCGACCUGUUGGCCCGCCGCAUGGAGCGCAUGGGUGUGCGCAAGAACAUGUGCAGCUCUGAGAUCCACGACAUCGACAACAAGAUCGCCAAUCUUCAUACGAUGCGCAAGAUUGUCCUCGACCGCUUGGCCGGUCUCGAAACGGAGGAGGCGGAUCUGGAGCAUGAAUUGACCGAGCUGGAGAACAAAUUGGAGGAUAUCGAGGAGGAAACCACCCCGACCCCCUCGGAGACCUCCAAACCCGCCGAAAGCGCCGACGAGGCCCCGGCCACGGAAGAUCCGGCCAUGGAUGCCUCAUUCAUGUCCGAAUCCAUCUAUCAGAAGCUGCCCUCUCCCAAGAGCAUCAAGCAGCGAUCCACCAGGAAACGGUCCAUGCCCGUCCUGCACGAGCAUUUCGCCCCCGGCUCCGAGAUCAAGGAAAUCCAAGCCCACACCGAUAUGAUCACGGCCCUCGAUUUCGACUACCCCUUCGGCACUAUGAUCACCGCCGCCCUCGACGACACCGUCCGGGUGUGGGACCUCAAUGUGGGUCGCUGCACCGGCUUCCUCGAAGGCCACAACGCGUCGGUCCGGUGUCUCCAGAUCGAAGACAACAUCGUCGCGACCGGGUCGAUGGACGCGUCUGUCAAGCUGUGGGAUCUCAGCCGCGCGCGCACGGUGCCCAGCCGCAGCAACAUCAGCAAAGGCGGCGACGAGGACGAGGGGGAGAGCGCCGCGCCCGCCACCUCGCUGGAGGACUGCUCCGUGUUCUCCCUGGAUGCCCAUGUGGACGAGGUGACGGCGCUGCACUUCCGCGGCAACACCCUGAUCUCCGGGUCGGCAGACAAGACGCUGCGUCAGUGGGAUCUGGUCCGCGGACGCUGCGUGCAGACGCUGGAUGUGCUGUGGGCCGCGGCGCAGGCGUCCACCCUGAGCACCGAGGGCCAGUGGCGGCCGUCGGGGCGCCAGCCCGAUGCGUCGGCCGAUUUCGUCGGCGCCGUGCAGUGCUUCGACGCCGCCCUGGCGUGUGGCACAGCCGACGGCCUGGUCCGCCUGUGGGACCUGCGCAGCGGCCAGGUGCACCGGAGCCUGGUGGGUCAUACAGGGCCCGUGACGUGUCUCCAGUUCGACGACGUCCAUCUAGUGACCGGCAGCACGGAUCGCAGUGUUCGAAUCUGGGAUCUCCGCAUGGGGUCCAUCUACGACGCCUACGCCUACGAUCGGCCCGUGACCAGCAUGAUGUUCGACACAAAACGCAUUGUCUCGGCCGCCGAGGAGAACGUGGUCAAGGUGUACGACAAGGCGGACGGGCAUCAUUGGGACUGCGGCGCCGGCGUGGGCCUCGACGAGUCGCAGGGUCCCUUGCCGGCCACGGUGGAACGGGUGCGCCUGAAGGAUGGAUUCCUGGUGGAAGGCCGCAAGGACGGCAUCGUGGGCGCAUGGACCUGUUAG